AUGAAUCUGUGCAAUACAAGUUCUGCAUGCUUGAUUGCUGGAACUGCUGCUACUACAUGCUUGUUUCCUGGAGCAGUUUCUGGUGCUAUCUUUAUAUUGUUAACACCCCGGACUCUCUGGCAAUUCUUAUUGCAUGAGAUUUCACUUCUGAACCCUUGGAGAUUUUGGAAAACGUUAACAGAGGAAGUGAAAAAGUCACCAUCACAAACUCAAAAUGCUUUGCUGGUUGUGGCUGUACUUAUCGCAACUAUAACCUACCAAGCCAUACCAAGUCCUCCCAAUGGCUUUUAUAACGGCACAGAUUACUCUGCUGCUAAAAUAUCAAACAAUUUACAAGAAUUCAUUCCAUUCAUGGUUCCCACUUCAAUUGGAUUUUUUGCAUCGCUUGCAGUGAUUAUUUUAGUUAUGGAUGGGUUUCCACUCAAAGCAUUGUUGGGGAUCGCUGUGCGUUGCAUGGCUGCAAGUUAUUUUUGCGGGCUUUUGUUGAUUGGACCUACUGGUUUAAAUGCUUCACACUGGGCAAUGACAAUAAUAGGAAUAAUGGUCCUCAUGGACUUAUUUCGCUUCGGCUACUGGUUAGUCAAGAGAUGGUCCAAAGAAAUUAGAAAUAGAAGAAGAAUGUAA